GCUCAGUUUAUUGGUAAGGAAGAAAGCAAAAUGUCUCUGACGAGCUUUUUACCAGCCCCGACGCAGCUGUCGCAGGACCAGCUGGAGGCAGAGGAGAGGCUCCGGGCCCAGAAGUCCCACUCCACCGCGCUGGUGCCGUCCCGCAGAGAGCCCCCUCCUUACGGACACAGGAAGGGCUGGGUGCCCCGCACAUUUGAGGACUUUGGAGAUGGAGGAGCUUUCCCGGAAAUCCACGUGGCCCAGUUCCCUCUGGAGAUGGGCAGGAAGAAGAAAACAUCCAACGCCCUGGCAGUACAAGUGGACGCAGAAGGCAAAAUCAAAUAUGAUGCCAUCGCAAGACAAGGACAGGGGAAGGAUAAGGUGAUCUUUAGCAAAUACACUGACCUGCUCCCAAAGGAGGUUCUGAAUGAAGACGCUCAAGAGCUACAGAGGCCCGAUGAGGAGGCUGUACAAGAGCUGACGGAGAAAACCCGUUCCGCCCUGGAGAAGCAGGUGUCUCAAAAGAUUGCUGCUGCCAUGCCUGUAAGGGCUGCAGACAAGCAAGCUCCUGCUCAAUACAUCAGAUAUACCCCAUCCCAGCAGGGAGUGGCUUUUAAUUCAGGAGCCAAACAGAGGGUGAUCCGCAUGGUGGAGAUGCAGAAGGAUCCCAUGGAGCCUCCUCGUUUCAAAAUCAACAAGAAGAUUCCCAGAGGACCUCCAUCGCCCCCGGCCCCCGUCCUGCACUCGCCAAGCAGAAAGAUGACCGUCAAAGAGCAGCAGGAGUGGAAGAUUCCUCCAUGCAUCUCCAACUGGAAGAACGCAAAGGGCUACACCAUCCCUCUAGACAAACGUCUGGCUGCUGACGGCAGGGGUCUGCAAACAGUCCACAUUAAUGAGAACUUUGCCAAGCUGGCAGAGGCUCUUUAUAUCGCAGAUAGAAAGGCCAGAGAAGCGGUGGAGAUGCGAGCGCAGGUAGAGAAGAAGAUGGCUCAAAAGGAGAAGGAAAAGAAGGAGGAGAAACUGAGGGAGCUGGCUCAGAUGGCAAGAGACCAGAGGGCAGGCAUCAAAAGCCACGGUGACAAAGGCGGCGAGGACAGCGAGGCCAGAGAGCGUGACGUGAUCCGCCACGACAGAAGGAAAGACCGACAGCACGACAGGAACAUCUCCAGGGCGGCUCCUGAUAAGAGAUCGAAGCUGCAGCGAGAUCAGGACAGAGACAUCAGUGAGCUCAUCGCUCUGGGCAAGCCCAACCCCCGCAUCUCCAGUGAAGCCCAGUACGACCAGCGGCUCUUCAAUCAGAGCAAGGGCAUGGACAGCGGUUUUGCCGGCGGCGAGGAUGAGACCUACAACGUGUACGACCAGCCGUUCCGCAGCGGCAGAGACAUGGCCUCCAACAUCUACAGACCCAGCAAGAACAUAGACAAAGACGCCUACUCGGAUGACUUUGACUCUCUUAUGCAGAACAACAGGUUUGCUCCAGACAAAGAGUUCUCGGGCGCCGACCACGGCCAGAGGCGAGAAGGGCCGGUGCAGUUCGAGGAAGAUCCCUUCGGUCUGGACAAGUUCUUGGAGCAAGCCAAACAGCACGGCGGCUCCAAGAGGCCGUCCACCAGCAACCGCUCCAAGGACGACUACCACGACAAGAAGCGCAGGAAGGAGUGAGAGGCGAAGGCCCAUUAGAUGAGAAGGCUUCCACUUCUCUGCCUCAGCGAUGUUGUAUUAUACAAGCCUGGGAUAGAAAAAAAAAGAAGCAAAGAUUUAUUUUUCUCUCUUACAUUUGUUUUUUGUUUUUUUUAUAUAAGGCUCUCCAUAAUCCAUGUCGAACGUUGAUGAAUGGACAAGAGGGAAAUGAGAACUUUAGGAACUCCAAUCUGUACAUUACCACCAGUGUCACUUCAGAUAAUCUGUAAAUUUUGUGCUCUGGAAACAUUGCCCAUAAUGUUUUUAAACCCUUGCAAGAAACUAAAGAACUGUUACUGUUGAAUAUGUAGUUUCCUUCUUUUCUCUAAUUGUUCAUCAUCUUGUUAGCGGCGAUUUUAUUUAAAAGUAUUUGCUUGAGCAGUCCUGCAUAUGUGCGUAUAGCUAUCUAGAGGAUCAAGCUUUAUAAAUCCUGUACUAGAGGACUGGUGGUAUAAAUGUCAUAUUGUUAACAUUUUUUGUUGCUGUGCUUCGUGAGUAAAGUCGCCUUUUCCCUACCGUU